AUGGAUGGGGCUGGCGGAGGAAAAAUAAAGUUUAAACAUGAAGAAACUGGGAAGACUGGAGACUCUCAAGCUCGAGCAGGCUGCAUAGAUAAAGAGCGAUUGGGCUGGGUGGUAGAUAGCACUUGUUUAAAGCCUGAAUGUACUGGCUUUUAUAUGGAGUUGUCAUUCAAGAAAGGCGGCGGCAGCGGCGGCGGCAGCGGCGGCGUCUCCACCCGGGCUCCCUCCCCGGCCCCCCGGUUCCCUGUAGCGCUCCAGUUCGGGCAAACUGGGAAAGGAAGCGGCUGGCCGGAGCUACCGUGCACAGGCAAAACAAGCACCGCCCGGGCUCGGAAUUGCCCGGGACCUUCUGGAGCCCCCACCUCGGAGCCGGAGGGAGGAGAAAGCAGCAGCCGCUGGAGGUUGUUCCUUGCAACAGCUUUUGAUGAAAUACAGGAACAUACUUUUUUACUUGAGCACUUGUCAGAAGUUAAAAGGGCAGUGAAAUCAGCUGUGCAGACCAUCACUGUUGGAGGCGUGAGCACAUCACAGUUUAAGACAAUUAUUCCUCUGGCAACUGCUCCCAAUGUCCAGCAGAUUCAAGUGCCUGGAAGCAAGUUUCAUUAUGUCCGGCUUGUCACUGCCACAUCAGCCAGUAGCCCAAGCCAGCCAGUUAGUCAGAAUCCCAGUACAAACACUCAACCUCUCCAGCAAGCAAAGCCGGUGGUUGUUAAUACCACUCCUGUGCGAAUGUCAGUUCCACUCGUCUCGGCGCAGACUGUCAAGCAGGUUGUUCCCAAACCCAUCAAUCCCACUUCACAGAUAGUUACCACCAGCCAGCCACAGCAGCGGCUCAUCAUGCCGGCCACCCCACUGCCGCAGAUCCAGCCCAACCUCACUAACCUGCCGCCAGGCACGGUGCUGGCCCCGGCUCCGGGGGCAGGGAAUGUGGGCUACGCGGUGCUUCCCGCGCAGUACGUUACCCAGCUACAGCAAUCUUCAUAUGUGUCUAUAGCAAGCAACUCUAACUUAACUGGGACAGCUGGUAUCCAGACCCAGGCAAGGCUUCCAUUCAAUGGGUGA